AUGCUUCACUCAUUGCUACUGCCAGUAUCUCAACUGCUCGUCCUCACUAACGCUUAUAAUCUUGUUAUUGAUACACAAACCAAGGGAAUCAAUUCAUACCUACAAAACUUCCGGAUCGAAUAUGAAAAAGAGUUGGAAAAUCGUGAAAUACCAACGAUCACUAAGAAACGAUGUCUUGGAACGGUAGAGCUGAAGGAGGUCACUGUGACUAAUGUUACAGUGAUGAAAACAGCGUCUGUAGUGGCCGACAUGGAUCACUAUUUAAGGAUUGAACACCUUCAUGCUCGUCUUCAUGGCCUCUACAAACAUAAUGUGCUAUUUAUUCAUAACACAGGCGAUUUUGAAGUGAACAUUGAAGACCUCAAUGCCACUCUUGGACCUCUUGUACCUAUCAAUAUUGGAGGAAUACCCUACCUGAAUCAGGAGAUAUCAUGCAGUAUUUCUCAUAAGGAAGAUAAAAUCUCAGUACGAGGUGGAAUUCUACGAUGGCUAGCGAAAAAAAGAUUAAGGGACACAAUGAAAUCAGACUUGGAAGGAAUUCUCUGUGAUUCUUUAGUGAAUAUUCUGGAUGGUAAAAUACGAAAGUCUCUCGCCAACCUCAAUCUGUUAUUGCCAAUCAAUGAAGGAUUAACAGUUAGCUAUCUCCUAACUGAUCAACCGCUUACACUACCUCACGGGGCUAUUCGUACCUACCAUCUUGGAGUGACAUCUAACAAUCAUACUGGAGCAAAAUACACUCCCACAACGAUGGAAUCGGAUCAUGACGUCAUCUACCAUAUUCAUGACGCGUUAAUGUCGGAAGUGGUGCAUUCAGCCUGCAGAGAAGGGUAUAUGGACGGAAACUUCACAAAUGACGGCAAAGAUGUCAAUAUAGUAUGCCAGAGCGCCUCAAUAUCUGUGAAGAAUAUGCAAGCCACAAAAACAGCAACCGUUCUGCUCACACUUCAGUUGAGGUUUCAAGAUGGUGAAGAUACUCUGGUCAGGAAGAAGUACACAGUUACUGUUCUGCACAACAACCGACUUACAAUUUUGUUCCGAUUGAAGUCAGAAGUGAUCGACUCGAAUGAUCCUUCACUUCAGCACAGCGAUCAGAUCUUUUCGAUGCUGUCUGAGGUGAUGCGCUCUUACGUCCAUCUACCUCUACCCGUGCCAGCCGAAGCGCAAACUGAUCGAUCAAUGAUCAAACUUCAAUCAGAUAGAGUUAUUUUUGCUACUGAUUUUGUGUUUACAAAACGAUAA